AUGAAUACGGCUACCAAAGGAACAACGUCCAGAGCAUCCUCUGCAUUUACCUCCCUUUUCAGGAGGGUGGGAGGAUGGGGCUCACAACAUAAAUACUCGCCACUCGAUCACGAUGGUGAAGCUUCAGAAGGAGGAGGAACUUCAGAGAGUCAGACUCAGGCAUUGCUUCCGAACGGCGAGUCGACAGACGACGACAACUUGGACGAGGAAAGUCAACUUCAACCCCAAAAACAGAGAAGCUUGCUUUAUCGGUUGGUUUGGGGAGAUCCUAAUAAGAUCUUUGUCAAACUCGUCAUGCUUCUCUUGAUGGUUCCGCUGUUCAGCUACCUGGCUGCUGCUUCAAUACGGGUACUCUCUCCAAAUCCAGUACCAUGCGACACUCCUGAACUUGGAUACCAAUGUGACCGGAAGACCACUCACACAUGGGGUCAAUACUCGCCCUUCUUCUCAGUUCCCUCGGAAAUCUCACCCUCCGUCCCCGAUGGCUGCCGCCUGACCUUCGCCCAAGUCCUCUCCCGUCAUGGCGCCCGCUUCCCGACCCCCGGCAAGGCCGCCGCCAUCUCCGCCGUCCUUACCAAAAUCAAGACAUCUGCCACUUGGUACGCUCGCGACUCGAAGUUCAUCAAGAACUACAACUACGUCCUGGGCGUAGACCACCUCACCGCCUUCGGCGAGCAAGAGAUGGUCAACUCCGGCAUCAAGCUCUACCAGCGUUACUCCUCGCUCAUCCGGGACUACACCGACCCUGGAUCGCUCCCCUUUGUCCGCGCCUCCGGUCAAGAGCGAGUGAUUGCCUCAGCCGAGAACUUCACUACCGGGCUCUACUCCGCUCUCUUAGCCGACAAACAACCUCCCUCCUCUGCCCUCCCGCUUCCACAACAGGAAAUGCUCAUCAUCUCCGAAGCCCCGACAGCAAACAACACCAUGCACCACGGCCUCUGCCGCGCCUUUGAGGAUUCCAUCACCGGCGACGAGGCGCAGGCAAAAUUCAUAGCCGCUAACUUCCCGCCCAUCACCGCGCGCUUGAAUACCCAGUUUAGGGGUGUAACCCUCUCCGACACGGACGUCGUCUCGCUCAUGGACUUGUGUCCGUUUGACACCGUGGCAUACCCGCCCCCUUCCCUCACCACCGCCUCUUCCCUCUCAGAGGGACCCAACAAGCGGAUCUCCCCCUUCUGCACCCUCUUCAACCCCCAAGACUUCACAAUCUACGACUACCUCCAAUCCCUAGGCAAGUACUACGGCUACGGCCCGGGUAAUUCCCUGGCUUCCACGCAAGGCGUAGGCUACGUCAACGAACUUCUCGCCCGGCUCACCCGUUCCCCAGUGGUCGAUAACACGACUACGAACUCCACUUUGACCGGAAACGAGGAAACUUUCCCUUUGAACAGGACCGUAUACGCGGACUUCAGCCACGACAAUGACAUGAUGGGUAUCUUAACCGCCCUGCGCCUCUUCGAGGGUGUGUCGCCCAUGAGCAACGAGACGAUACCUGAAAAGUAUGGCAAGACGGGUGAUGACGGAUUGACGGAAAAAGAUCUGUUCAAGGUGGGCUGGCAGGUGCCGUUUGCGGGGAGGGUGUAUUUCGAGAAGAUGGUUUGUGAUUCUGAUGCUGAUGGGGAUGGGAAGAUUGAUGAGAAUGAAGAAAAGGAAGAGAUGGUGAGGAUAUUGGUUAAUGAUCGCGUGGUUAGGCUGAAUGGGUGUGGGGCUGAUGAGGAGGGGAGGUGUAGAUUGGGGAAAUUUGUGGAGAGUAUGGAGUUUGCUAGGAAAGGGGGGGAUUGGGGGAGGUGUUUUGGGUAG